AUAAUUGCCUGGUAACAGAUCACUUUUGAGCAGCAUAGCCUCAAAAUGAUGUCCUACUUUGUGUGAAUGUUUACGCAAAAAGUGAACUAUAGACCCCGCUAAUUUUAGCGGUUUUCCGUUGUUACUUUGUUUUGGGUUCACUUGCAGUUUAAAGCUUCCUAAGCGAUUAUUUCAGAUAAUGUGCAGGGUCUGGUUCUGUAGCGCAUGCGGUCAAUCUUUGCCAGAUGGUCUAAGAUGCAUGAGUCUUUUCGGUGCAUGGCUACUGAUUUUAGUCGGAGCGGCAACUACCAUAGCUAUGGCCAUUCAACAAGGAAGUUAUUACCUCCUGUUGAUAGCUUUCGCAGUAUCAGCACUUGGGUACAUAUUUACGUAUGGUGGCAUACGCGUGUGUUCGCCCCUUCUCAUCUUGGUCGGGACGCUGAUUCAUUUCCUUCUCCUAUUCUUGAUACCUUUUGCCAUUUACCUGCUCCUCAAACCCGAAAUUGACAAAAUGAAGAGCGGUUCAAAAGAUGCUCCAUUCAAAGGGACGCCAGGAGCAAUCCUCCUUGGUAUCGCGAUCGCAAAUGCAGUAUACUGGCUUUGGGGAAUAUAUUACACCUUGUCUGGAAGCAGUACAUAUGCUUUGCUAAAGCGUCAACAAUGCCCUCCUAUAUCUAAUGAUUGCCCACUGUUUUGAGUUCAACCAUUGUCAUGGAUUUUGUUUUAUUUUCAGUUUGGGAAUUUUAUUACACGCUGACCGCAAGCAGUGCUUUCGCUUUGCUAAACCGUCAAUCAUGCCCCCCAUGCUCCCCAUGCCCCCCUGUCAGGGGAACCUGUUAGGUUAGGUUCAACGAUGUGUCUUGAAAGAUUUAGUCCACCCCGAUUAAGAAUUAUUUUAAUCUCUGGAGGAAUGUUUUUUAGGCUAAUCCUGUUGCAGUAAUCGCUAUUGGUUACAUGCAUUUUUUUUUUUUUUUUUUUU